AUGGCCUCUCCUCCCCCUCCCUAUGCAGCUGGUGGCCCUGCCUUGGUGCCCUUCACUGUCAACUUCACCAUCACCAACCUGCGCCACACGGACAACAUGUGGCCUGGCUCUGCGAAGUUCAAUUUCAUAGAGUCAGUUGUACAACGCCUGCUCAGGCCCCUGUUCACCAACAGCAGCAUUGGUUCACUGUACACUGGCUGCAGACUGACCACACUGAGGCCUGAAAAGGGCGGAGCAGCCACUGGAGUUGACACCAUCUGUACCCACCAUCCUGACCCUGCAGGCCUCAUGCUGGACAGGGAGCGGCUCUACUGGGAGCUGAGCCAACAGACCCACAGUGUCACCUGGCUCGGUCCUUACAUCCUGGACAGGGAUCGUCUCUAUGUCAAUGGUUAUACCAGACCAGCCUUGACCUCCAUCUCCAGUGUUUUUGUGACUUCCACACCCUCCUUGGGAACCUCAGCAGCUUCAGUCUCCUUCUCCAGCUCUACAGUCACUGGCCCUGCCCUGGUGCCAUUUACCCUUAACUUCACCAUCAUCAACCUGCACUACAUGAAUGACAUGCAGCCUCUGGGCUCCAUGAAGUUCAACAAAAUAGAGAAGAUUCUUCAGCACCUGCUCGAACCCUUGUUCAGGAACACCAGUGUCAGCUCCCUCUACUCCAGCUGCAGACUGACUUCGCUCAGCACUUCCCAGAUCGCCACCCAAAACGGCCACUAUCCCGGAGGUUUCUGGUCCCUGGUUCCUGUUCUGGACCUUCCCAUCCUCCCGAGCAAUAUUAAAUAG